AUGGCCCGUAAUACACUUGCUUUGCUUUUUAUUGUGGGUUACAUGAUCCUGGCAGUUUCGGCUAGGCCAGUCCUCACUCAAGAUGUCUUCAAUGGUUACAACAACACCGUGGUCGUCAUAGGCCACAAAGAUAUAGAACCUUCUAUCUGGGGUCCAAACAUCAACGUCUUCGGCCGCGUUCUGAACCAAGUCCUCAAUAUGACAAACCACGGUACGGAGAAGCAUCCGUUGGGAGGGUUGUUACUACAUCUCGGUAAUGAAUUCCAACCUUUGGACGCCCCAGGCUUCUGGAAGAAUUUUGGGCAUGGGCUAAAAGUUUCGUUCUCCACUUUCUUUCGGAACGUCCCUCCUAUGUCCGAAGCAGUAAUCAAAUAUUUGCGUGACCUUUAG